ACAUCUCCUAACUGUCUGCUGCUUCCUCUGCAGCCGAGACUAAGAUCUGUUUCAAGUACUACCAUGGAGUCAGCGGAGCCCUGAGAGCCACAACCCCCUGCAUCACUGUGAAGAAUCCUGCAGUCCUGGUGGAGGGCCUGUCAGAGCAGGUAGGCAUCGAACAUCCACGGAAACUGAUCAGCUUCACGUUGACAGAUCUGCGUGCCACUGGCCUAAAGAAGGGGAUGUUUUUCAAUCCGGACCCAUACCUGAAGAUGUCCAUCCACCCGGGGAAGAGGAGCGUCUUCCCCAUCUUCAGCCACCACGGACAGGAACGCCGAUCAGCCAUCAUCGCUAACACCACCAACCCCGUCUGGCAUGGAGAGAAAUACACGUUCGUAGCGCUAAUGACGGACAUCCUGUACAUCGAGGUAAAGGACAAAUUUGCGAAAAGUCGACCGAUCAUCAAACGCUUCCUUGGUCAGCUCACUAUCCCCGUGCAACGGCUGAUUGAAAAAAUACCCGGGGUCCAGCCUGUGAGCUUCCCCCUGUGUCGGCGCCUGCCUACCGAACACGUUAGCGGCAAUUUACAGUUCAAGUUAGAGCUCACUUCGACUGGUCCUGAUGGUGCCUCUCCGGAGUCUAUAAUUGGCAUUUCAUCCUUGAAUGGAGCUCCAGGGACUCCAUCCGAUGAUGAAGACAUGCCCCAUCAUCUUCCAGGCGUGGUCUCUUCAGGCCCCUCUCCUACCGGUUCCCAGGGCUCCCAAGGCAUGUGGGAAGGCGGGGCCAUGGCCUUCCCAGAAAAGGACCUGCCCCUCGUUGGAGCCCGGGGCAGAUUUGUGGAGCAUGAAAGUCUAUCUUGCCAUGAAAUGCUCCAGAGGUCCCUCAGUGAGGGCCUGGCUGCUAUCGAGGCCCCUAAAGGCCCCGGUGAGAGACCCCUGGGAGCGGCCUCACCUAAACUGCGCUCCAGCUUCCCCACACACACAAGGCUCAGCGCCAUGCUGCACAUCGAUUCGGACGAGGACGAUGAAAGGUCCGGUGCCAAUGACAUUGUUCCGGUGCCGCUGUCCCCGCUGCUGAUGAACGGAGAACCUUUAGAUGUAGGGGGCCCAGAUGAAGAGGAUCCGUUUCCCGAGCUCCACCAGAAGCCGGAGCAGCUGGAGCCCUUAGUGCUGGAGGAGGAGCGCGAGGGUGGAGGCCGUAGGACAGAAGAAGAGCCCCCUGAGGCAGAGGUGGCUCUGGAUAUGGGGGCAGGUCUGGAUUUGGAGGAUGUUCUGGAGCUGGACGUCUUCUCCGAAGUGGAUGAGGCUCCUUUCACAGAGGCGUUGUCCCAUGAUGCUUUGCCAGAGGGUGAGGUGCACGAGGAAGGAAGGGAGCAUGGUGAGGACCCCUCUUCAGAGAUGGACACCUGUUCCAUGGCAACAGCCCCACAGACCGUCUUCUCAUCAUCAGAGAGCUGUCCAAUCACAGCGACAACUGCUGUGGAAGCGGAGGAGGGAGCGGAGGCCGCCAUUGAUCCAGGGGGAGAAGUAGUUUCCGGGACCCCACCAACUACUACUCCAGCUGUACGCGAUGAAGGGGGGGGGCAGGUGGCUGUCACCGAGGCCACUCCCCCAGCCAGCGAGCACGUGGUGGUGGUCGCAGAGAUCACCAUGAGGAGGCUGAGCCUGCAGGCGGCCGGGGGCGGGGCCGCAGAACAGGAAGUGACGGAGACAAAGCCGCGCGAGGAGGCGGGCUCUGCUGACUCAGAGCAAGUCACCACGGAAACAGAUGGAGAGGACGGCGCUCACGUUAACGGCCAUCCUGUCCGCUCGCUCCCGUCCGUGCGUCAUGACAUCCACCGAUACCAACGUGUUGACGAGCCUCUUCCUCCCAACUGGGAGGCUCGGAUCGACAGCCACGGGAGGAUCUUCUUCGUGGACCACGUGAACAGAACCACCACAUGGCAGCGUCCCACCGGACCGCCGGCGCCGCAGGGCCUGACCCGCUCCAGCUCCAUUCAGCAGAUGGAGCAACUCAACCGCAGGUACCAGAGCAUCAGGAGGACCAUAACCAACAGCGACCGCUCCGAGGAAACCCCCGUGGACCUGAUUCCUGAACCAGAAAGUGAACUGAUGCCUCACUCCAUUUCGGAGUACCGGCGAGACAACGCCGUGGCUCACACCAGCGGUCGCUCGCGCCUCUCCCUGCUGCUCCAGUCGCCCAGCGCCAAGUUCCUGUGCAGCCCCGACUUCUUCACCGUGCUGCAUUCAAACCCCAGUGCCUACCGCAUGUUUACGAGCAACACCUGCCUGAAGCACAUGAUCAGUAAGGUGCGUCGGGACGCUCACUACUUUGAGCGCUACCAGCACAACCGCGACCUGGUCACCUUCCUCAACAUGUUCUCCAACAAGCAGCUGGAGCUUCCCCGGGGCUGGGAGAUGAAGCACGACCACACUGGAAAGCCCUUCUUCGUGGAUCACAACUGUCGCUCCACGACCUUCAUCGACCCUCGGCUACCCCUCCAGAGUUCUCGGUCCACGGGACUGCUGGCCCACCGCCAGCACCUGAGCCGCCAGCGCAGCCACAGUGCUGGGGAGGUGGUGGACGACUCCCGCCAGGCCAACCCGCCCAUCACGCCCCGCCCGUCCAGCACCUUCAGCGGCUCCAGUCGAAGUCAGUACCACGACGUGGUUCCUGUGGCCUACAAUGACAAGAUAGUGGCGUUUCUACGGCAACCCAACAUCGUUGAGAUCCUGCAGGAAAGGCAGCCGGAGCUUGCCAGGAACCACUCGCUAAAGGAGAAGGUGCAGUUCAUUCGCAGCGAGGGAGUCACUGGGCUGGCUCGCCUCUCCAGCGAUGCUGACCUGGUCAUGCUGCUGAGCUUGUUUGAGGAGGAGGUGAUGUCCUACGUGCCGCCGUUACUCCACCCGAGCCACUGCCUCUCGUCUCCUCAGAGCUCCCCCGGCACCCAGCGAGCUAACGCCCGAGCUCCCGCUCCCUACAAGCGAGAUUUUGAGGCUAAACUGAGAAACUUCUAUCGGAAGCUGGAGACCAAAGGCUACGGACAGGGACCCGGGAAAGUCAAGCUCAUCAUACGCAGGGACCACCUCCUGGAGGACGCCUUCAACCAGAUCAUGUGUUACUCCCGUAAAGACCUGCAGCGGAGUAAACUCUACGUCAGCUUCGUGGGCGAGGACGGGCUGGACUACAGCGGACCCUCCAGAGAGUUCUUCUUCCUGGUGUCCAGGGAACUGUUCAACCCGUACUACGGCCUGUUCGAGUACUCGGCCAACGACACGUACACGGUCCAGAUCAGCCCCAUGUCGGCCUUCGUAGACAACCACCAUGAAUGGUUUCGCUUCAGUGGGCGUAUCCUGGGCCUGGCCCUGGUCCAUCAGUACCUGCUGGAUGCCUUCUUCACCCGACCUUUCUACAAGGGACUCCUUCGCAUCCCCUGUGACCUGAGCGACCUGGAGUUCCUGGACGAGGAGUUCCACCAGAGCCUGCAGUGGAUGAAGGACAACGACAUCGAAGACAUGCUGGACCUCACCUUCACUGUCAACGAGGAGGUCUUUGGCCAGAUUACAGAGCGAGAGCUGAAGCCAGGCGGGGCCGGCAUCCCGGUGUCGGAGAAGAACAAAAAGGAGUACAUCGAGCGAAUGGUGAAGUGGCGAAUAGAGCGAGGGGUGGCCCAGCAGACGGAGAGCCUGGUCCGAGGCUUCUACGAGUUUGUGACCGGCACCUCCAGUAUUCCCUACGAGGGAUUCGCCUCCCUACGGGGCAGCAACGGACCCCGCAGAUUCUGUGUGGAGAAGUGGGGCAAAAUCACCUCCUUACCCAGCCUUCCCUGUCUGGAUUAG